CUUCUUCAAGAGGGGGCCAAUGUCAUGCUUCUCUGAGGAAGAUGGUGGUGUCCUGGUGAGUCUUUUAGCCAGACUGAAGGGAGAGACUGACCGCCUUCCUACACGAAGGUGAACAUAGCAAUCGAGAGGGCGGCUGCCCGUUGAUUUCCCGAUCAGCCGCGACUUUUCUGCAGCCCCUGCGAUACGUAUUUCUUUCAGUAAAAGGAAUCGGUCUUUCCUCCCAAGUUCCACUACGCGUCUCAAACGGAUUGCGGUCCCUCAGCGACUCUUGCGCGCCUCUCGGAGGCUUCGCCGACCACUUUUAUUUUUUUAGGUGACCGAACGUGGAAGAACGUCUGGAGCCGGUCAUGCAGCCGGAUUGUCUUCUUAUCUUGAUGCUGAGAGGCGCUGUGUAGCUUUUUUCCCCGCCUGUGUUGUCGUCUUUCCUCCUAACAUCUCUCCCUGGUGGAUGUGCAAACUCCUCGACCUCACCGGAUCGAAUUCAUCCCGUGCCAUCCACGAAAAUGAGAAAAGCCUCAUCAUACCUAGCUUCAGCUGUUCUUCUGUUUUGUUUCGGUGCCUUCAUUCUCUCGUAUUUCAUUUCGUUGAUGGUGAGAAGUGCGUCCCUGGUAGUCCCUUUCAACGUCGCCUCAACGCAGGUCGGCUCGAGUAUCGUGUUUCAUCUCCGCUUCUGGCUGCCACCCCCUCUUCCGUCUGUUUCUUGCUAAAUUGACAAGGCAGGAGUCGAACGACUUCUGUCUCAAUGGCAUCUGCCUACGGCUUCUGCGUGUGUACCUUACCUUCAUUUUGUUGAAUUUUCUUCCUGCUGUCGCUUCGCGGGCCUGCACCGCGAUCCCAGCCCCUUCCGUUCACGGUUCUGGGUAGGCAUGAUGGAGAAGAAGACUGCGCCGCCGCCGAAGGCGAAAUCAAAAGCCCCGCCUCCCAAGGCUAAGCUUGCGGCGAAAGGAGCUGAAGAUGGCCCGUCCCCCAAGGGGCCACCUUCCCUCGAAAAGAAAACCGGACCCCCCGCUCCGCCUCAAGCGAAACCUUCUGUCCCGGGAGAGACCUCACCUGCGCCGCCGUCCAAAGCGAAUCCUCCUGGGGCAAAACCCGCCAUUUCACAACAAGCGCCCGGAGACUCCCCCAAGCCCCCUGGACCCCCGAAAACCUUGCCUAUGAAAGGGGACCCAGGCUUGCCCGGCAAGAAGGUCUCAGUGCUUGUGGGGACUGGCCCGCCCUCGGGGCCUCCGAAGAAGCCGAACCUCCCAGGGGAUGGUGGUCCACCUACCGCCGGAGACUCUUCUCCGAAAGUGACUCCAAAAAAGGAGUUACCAAAAGUCACUCCUGGGUCACUCAAGGGCGCCCCUGGGAAGCCCUGUUCACCAGGUCCGAAGGGCCCUCUAUCUGGGAAGCCCCCAACGCCGGAACUGGGUGACGGACAGCCCAAGCACAAGAUGGACGACGUGAAGAAGUCCGGUCUCCCAGUGAAAACGGAUCUGGCAACGAAGGAUCUCGGAAUCGGCACCAAGGCGGCUGCUACGAAAAAGCCAGGAUUGCCCUCGGGGCCGCCAGGCGCAUCUCUGGGAGUGAAGCCCAGUGCGCCUCUUUCGAAAUCCAGCACGUCGGCUCCGCCAGGUGCCAGCCUUGUUGGGGCACCGGGCGCGACGCCUCCUUCUCUUCCAAAACCUCCGGGAGCACCAGCGGAAACGUCUGUAGCCAAGAUGCUCGAGAGCUUGGACGAGCAUGGAAUGCGCCGCGGAUCGGGUGGAAGACUCGCUCCUCAGUCGAGUCUUGAAAAGGAAUACAGUAGCACAACGAUGCACAGCAUUUUCACAAGGAACGGCGAGUUAGUGGGGAGAGCGAGCGGCCCCGCAGAACCGAUUGCGACGCAAGAUCGUUCGGCACUGCCGGCUGAUCGAGGAAGAUCGCGCAUGCGGUACCAAGACCACGCAGCAGCCGAUCGACUCCCUCGCCCUGCUCGCAGUGCGGAGACAGACCGUUCGUCGCGGCGGACCCCUGACCUUCUGUCGUUCUUUCCCUUCCCUGGAAGCAUGGACGGGCUGCCGGGAGUCUUUGUCCCCGUGCCUGCGUGGCCCCCUCCAGACCAGAACAGACUCGCCGGUGGCUAUUCGCCUUUCCCCUCCCCCCAUGGAGCGCGAGCACCUGGCAUGCCUGGCUUCUCCCCGUUUCCUGCGAUGCCGUAUCCUGCCUCGGCGUAUGGAACCUACGGCCAACCGGGGUUUGGCGCCUGGGAUCCCAUGGCCUUCGGAAUGCCGUACUACCCUCCUCAGUGGCUUCCGCUUCCUUCCCAGUAUCCCGCGGUGCCCCCAGGUGACCAGGCCGCGACCGCGCAGGGACAGGUCGAGAACGGCGACGAGGGUGACAGUCGACAGAGGGGGCGAAGAAAGAACGCCGAAACUCCGACGGGUAACGCUGGGAGUCGACUAGACGAGCCGCCCAAAAAAGGGAAGGAAGGCGGCGUGACUUUCGCGUUCGAUCACGAAGAGCAGGGAAAGCCGGGCGAGAGUGAAAAGGGCGCUGGAACUACGCUGAGCGAGAGAAGACGCCGCCGAAACACAGUGCUGCAGAUUCUCGAGGACGAGGGUCUGGAGUUGUCCAAGGAGUGCAUUCGCGCUCUGAUAGAACGAGAUGAACAGGAUGCAAGAGACGACAGACGCAAGAAUGACGAAGAGUCGCCGUCUGAGAUGGCAGGUAGCGGGGGCCUCGCCGCCCGUGCCUCCGGAGGAGAUCCCGAGAAGACCAUUGGAGUUACGCCGUGGGGGAGCGUCGAGAAAGGACUGAAUUACAUUCGGAGUGGCUCACUUCGCCGCAAACAUCCGGGAGACGAUGAUACGGCCCCCGCGCGUCUCCCUGAAGACGAGCGGGUGUUUGACCCUGCUGCUUUCGCGAAGAAAAGAGACGAGAGAGAAGCUCGCGGAGAAGACCCAACGUUUGGAACCCAGGAGGGAGACGACUACUACAAAUAUUUCGAUCCGCACUACACACGGAGCAAGAAGCCUUGGUACAGUGAAGUUGCACCUAGAACCGGUCCCCCGAUGCCUCCCCGGCAGGUCUACGGCUCGCUUCCCCGAGGGGGAAAGUUCUCGUCUAGACUUCCAAAAGGAUGGGAUCGAUGGACGUUUGAAAAAGGCCUUACGGCACCAAGGAAGCGAACGUACCAAAGCCUUAAUGAGCUCGCGACUUACUUCACUCACCUCGAAAGUGAAGACCAGGAUGAGAUCGUCAGUCUUCUGCUUCUGUGCCGCAAGUUGGAGCAACAGGUGGAGCAACAACACGUGGUUAUCGACAUGUUGGAGCAUGACCUGACAACGGCAAAUGCCGCACUAAAAUUCCCUCCGGAGUGGAGAGCCCUCGACGAGAUCGAUCUCGUGUCUCUGGUCCCUGCUGACACCGCCUUCCAGCCCACCACCGCAACACCGCUCUUUCUCAAGAGUGCGAACCUUCUACCCGCAGCGGUGCCACCAGAAACGGCCCCCCCGAGCUCGCCUCAAGCUGCUCCGAAAAGCGCCGAGGCGCCCAAGAGCGACGCCGCAAAGGCGGCGAAGCCUGCCGCGCCUACGGGCACAAAAGCCCCGGGGAUCAAGGCCCCCGGCGCGGGGAAGAAGCCCGUGUUCAAGACGACGAUCAAGGCCGCAAAAUAAUAAGGGAAACGCAGAAAACGUAGAAUGUAGAAGAAACAACGCCGCAAAGGUGUUCCGAAGCUUGGACAGUGGCAAGGAAAACAUCUCGAGAGACAGACAGGCGUGGCAAGAAACAUGUUUUACACAUCUGCGGCACAUCUGUAAACAAGGGCAUAUAUAUAUAUAUAUAUAUGUAUGUAUACGAGGAUAGUGUGUUUUCUUCGUGUUCUGCCAAUAUAUAUAUAUAUAUAUAUAUGUAUAUAUAUACAUAUAUUGAGGGGAUACAAUUAUGCUGUGGGUGCACAGAAUUUUUGGAAAUCGUUUUCUGCGUAGAGCUAGCGGGCGGACCAGAGUCCCAGACGAGGUCCGCGUAAGAUUCUUGACCCCCUGUGUUCCUUUCUGUGGCGUGGCCGGUGUUUUGGGUCGUCUUUUGUGAGUUCAUCGAGACCAUUCAGUGAUUUGCGCUUUGCUGUAAACCAGGUGCGUAGCAGCUCUGGCC